AAGAAGUGAGAGCUUUGAAGGAAAUGGCGGAGCUGGGGUUUCUAGAGAAAAUCUUUUGGAGAUCAGGUUAUAGAGCUCCAGAUGAGAGCCCUGACUCUGUUACAUUCACUUUGGAAUCCAAUUUUAGUCUCUUUUCUUCGGCUUCCGCUAGUGCCGAUCGUUGCUCGUUUGCUUCCGAUGUUCACAAUCACGAUUCUCUCGCCUCCGAACUCUCUUUACAUUUGGCUGCACAUGGAGGAGAUGAGAUUGAGAGUUCAAGUGGACCAGAUCCAGAUCCAGAUCCAAACAAAGCUAUGACAGUCCAUAAGCACAAUUGUUUCUCCAGAAAAGGUGAAAAAGUGAAAGUUCAAGAAGAAGAAAACGAUGCAGCUCGCAUAGGGGACGAAAAUCUACUCACUGAUUCAGCGAUAUACUCAUUCUCUCUUGCUAUUAAAGAGUGUCAGGAUAGGAAGAUUAGAUCUGACGCUUUGUUGAAGAAUCCUGAUAAGCGAAGAGCUUCAUUAGAUCAAAACAAUGUUUCUGCAUCGUCUCCUCGGUUUUGGACUAUGAAGAAAAGCACUGUUCCGACACGGAAAUCGAAUGCAAUUCCUAGUCCUGGGACUCCCAAUCAUCAUCAUCAGUUGAGUUCUGGAAUGCUGAAGGGUUGGAGUUCUGAACGUGUGGCAUUGCAUAACAAUGGUGGAAGGAGACUAGGGAAUGCUGCUGGUGUGUUGCCUCUGAACAAUGGAAGGACCUUGCCUUCAAAGUGGGAAGAUGCCGAGAGGUGGAUUUUCAGUCCUGUUUCUGGGGAUGCCAGUGUGAGGCAAUCGAACUUGCAUCCACAAAGAAGACCAAAAUCAAAGAGUGGUCCACUUGGUUCUCCUGGGAUCGCUUACCAUUCUUUGUACUCUCCUCCAACUCACAUGUUUGAUGGAGGCCGUAAAGGAAGAUUUAUGGCCGUUUCUCCUUGCUCAGCUGGUGCAAUUGCAGCUAAUGGUUUAACAAUUCAUUCCCGUAGCCCUGCUGGAGGAUUCGCUAUUCAGACUGAACCUUGUAUGACCCGUUCUGUCAGUGUGCAUGGAUGCUCUCGGUUAGUGAACCCUUCAUCGCUUCCUUCUCAAGUUUCCAUCAAAGCUGCAGAAGAAAAUCUUGAUGCAACCAAGGAUGCAGUCUUCGAUAUUUCUGAUACUGUCUCAAGAAGAGAUGCGGUGACCCAAAUGAACACACGGAGUAGCACCCAGUCUCCUAAAGGAAGGCCUUUUUCUCCCCCCACUCCUACUGCUCUACGUAUAAUGGAACUGCAGAGCUUUCAUUGCUCUAAAUCAGAAGUGAGAGAUGUCCAGGUGGAUGAAAGAGACACCAUGACUCGGAGGUCAAAGAAGCAUGGAGUUCGAAACAGUGGGACGAGCACAGAAAUUGUAGAUGACCGGAGAAAUAGAGCAGUUGACACUCCUAUAUCGUCCUGGGAUAUGACAGAGACAGCAGAACGCAUUUCCAAGAUCAAAAGAGAAGAAGCAAAAAUCGUUGCAUGGGAGAACCUGCAGAAAGCCAAAGCUGAGGCUGCCAUAAGGAAACUAGAGAUGAAGCUGGAAAAGAAGAGAUCGUCGACAAUGGACAAGAUAAUGAAUAAGCUGAGCUCAGCCCAGAAGAGGGCUCAAGAAAUGAGAAGAUCAAUGAUAGCCAACGAGUUCCAUCAAGUUACAAGGUCAGCACAUAAGGCUAUAUCGUUCCAUAGAACCCGCCAGAUGGGUUCAUUGAGUGGCUGCUUCACCUGCCAUGCAUUCUAAGGCCUCAGCCAUCUUUUACCGGUUCAAUCAGUCCUCAAAUGUUUGUCUGAAGAAUAAAAUCCGCCUGACAUGACAAAUAUUGUACAGGAAGCAACUAUUAUACUCGACGCCAAACCGGAGUCACCGUGCCUGAAUGAAGCACCGCUGCCUCGAUCUAAGGUGAACCCAAAUUGCCAUGCCUUUGGACUUAAAUAUUUUCCUAAAUGUUCAAUUAUUAAGCUACUGUAUGCUUGGUAUGUAUGUAGAUUAACCUUUCAAGUAGUUGUCCCUGGAAUGGAAAUGUCAUUCAUCUCU